AUGCCAAUGCAGCUCGACUUCGUCGUUGCCCUCGCCCUCUGCGUGACGUUCUUCGGCGUCGCCGCGAAGCCAGCAGCAGCCGCCUGCCUCCUCGCAUUUCUCUACGCGCUGGGCAUCUUCCUCCUUAGCGCCGUCUCGGGCGAGGCCGGCGCCAGGCGGGCCGCUGUCGCCGUCGUGGCCACGGGCUCGUUGCUGUACCUCUCUCGUGUGGCGCCGGCCGCAGUUGGGCACGAGGCCCUGCUAGGCGCCGCGGUCGUGGUGACGCUGACGGGCAGCUCCGCCGGCCUCGGGCUCGCGACGGCGGAGCAACUGCUGGAGCGCGGCGCGACAGUCAUCUUUGCCUGCCGCAGCGAGGCGCGCUAUAUUAUACUUAUUUCUGCCCGAGGCCGCGCCGCGUGCCGCGCCGCCUGCAGCGCCUCGGGCGCGCCUCCCGAACGCGCGCUCCUCCUCGCCCUCGACCUGGAGAGCUGCGCCUCCGUGCGAGCCUUCGCCGCGCGGCUCCUCGCCACGAGCACGAAUUACAAUUUCUAA